UUUCUCUGUCACACUCCAUAUCGAUGGAUAAACCGAGUAAUUAUCUAAAUUUACAUCCGGUACCUGAUUCUAGUUUCCAGUUUCCACAAUCAUCAGGAAAUAUAUAUAACAUCUCUCCUUAUUUAAAUGUUGAUCCAACUUACAUUACACAGGGAGGAGGACCAGAAUGGAUAUUUCCUGAAGGUGCCUCGAGGCAACGAGGACGUUUUGAAUUAGCUUUUUCUCAAAUAGGUGGUGCAGUUGCAACAGGUGCUACAAUUGGAGGUAUCCAUGGUUUUUAUACGGGAUGGAAGGAAACUGCAGCAGCAGGAAUGACAAAAAGUAUAAGAAGAACACAAAUGCUUAACUAUAUUACAAAACAAGGAGCUGGUACAGCUAACAGUCUUGGUGUUGUCGCUGUCAUGUACAGUGGAUUUGGUGUGCUGUUUUCAUGGUUGAGAGGAGUAGACGAUGAAUUAAACACAUUAACAGCUGCAACAGCCACUGGAUUACUCUAUAAAUCUUCAGCCGGUUUAAGAAGAUGUGCUUUAGGAGGAACAGUUGGUUUUGGUCUAGCAGCAAUUUUUUGUUUUUGGACAAGUAGAGAUCGACUAAGGCAAAUACUUCAAACACAACCAGCCUAGAUGAAAAUAAGAAAAUGUGUAGUAUAUAAAUAA